AUGGCCGCCGCCGCCGCCGCCGCCGCCGACCAGCAGCCCGGCCGCGUCGACAAGGAUAAGGAGAAGGACCUCCUCUCGUCGGUGGUGGACGACAUCCGCUGCUACUCCGGCUCCGACCCCCUCCGCCCAUGGCUCAGGGGGAUCCGGAGGCUGGAGGGCGCGCUGCCGCCGGCGACGCUGCGGGAGAAGCUGCCGAGGUUCCUCCAGAAGUGCGCCGAGGAGUUCCAGGACGAGCCCCGCUACCGCGACGACCCGCGGUACCUCCGCGUCUGGAUCCAGAUGAUGGACUACGUGAAGGAUGCAAAGCCAUUGCUGAAGAAGUUGGAGAGGAACAGGAUCGGACUCAAGAGAGCUGCGUUUUAUAUGGCUUACGCGUUAUAUUAUGAGAAGCGUAGGAGGUUUCAGGAUGCAGAGAAGAUGUACCGCGUGGGAAUCCAGAUCCUUGCAGAGCCUAUCGAGGAGUUACAGAAAUCACAUGAUCAGUUUAUCUAUCGAAUGGAAUUAUACCAGAAGAGGAAAGAUAAACUGCAGGAAGGAAUGCCUAGCAGAGUUAAGCCACUUGGUACAUGUGCAAACCAAGUUGAAGGCCAAAGAAGAAAUUGUACAGAACUGAAGUCCAAUCCAAUGCAAAAAUUGGGAAGCGCUUCGAAUUCUUCAUUGUGUCGUUAUCCUUCAGUAGGUCAUGCUAAAGAUGGUGUGCUAUCGAGAGGCACCUCAGGCGAUAACAAGUAUUUGCCUCGCUGUAAUAGUGAUGACACUGUAGUUGUACGAUUUGUGGGCUCUGCAUUGGUUGGAAAGUCAGAAACUGAAGAUGCUUGUCAUCAUGGCCUUGUUGAACCAACUAUAAACAUGAAGGAGGCUAUGCAGGAUAUCAAUAGCAUGUUUCUAGAGCCAGUGGAACCAGAGACAAUGCUAAAGAAGCGCUCAAAGCGUGGUCAACCAAAGUUUAAUCAGCAGGCAGGAGCACUUCAUAUCUUUGUCGAUGAAGAACAACCUAACAGUAAUGAGCCAAGCAUUCUCCAUGACAAGAAUGCAAAGUCAGAUCAUCCAAUGUUCAAUCAACAAGCAAGUGCAUUUGAUAUAUUUGUUGAUGAAGAUGGUCCUAAUGAUAACAACCAAAAUGUGGGCCGAAACAGGAAUAGUAACAAGGAAAACAAUCAGAAAACGACUGGGUUGGGAAUCUUUAUUGAUGAAAAUGGGCCGAAGGGCAAUGGCCAAAAUGCCAUGUGCCACAAGAACACGAGGGGUCCUCCGAGACCAUUGCGUGAGUCAUCAAGACAGCAGGACCUAGGUGACUUUCAAAAGCCAUUUGUGGGAGGGUUUGCAAUAUUCGCUGAUGAUGAAGAUGAACAAUGUGAGAACAAUUAUGACGGUUCUAGGAUAAAUUCCAGAAGUGGGCGUUCUACUUACAAUAAGGAUACUUUGCUCCAUCCAGAACAAGCUAAUUCAGAAACAAGAAAUGGGGAAUAUGAGAAUCCUUUAAUGACUGGACUUGGAGAAGACACAAUCAUUCAUAGAUUUGUCGGAUCUGCUGUUGUUGAUGAGCCUAAAGUGGAAAAUGCAUGCCAUCAUGGGUUAGUUGAUCCAACUAUUAAUCUGAAGGAGGCUAUGGAUGAUAUAAAUAACAUGUUUGGCAAACCACUGAACUUCAAGGAUGGUAAAAGACUGAACAGGAAAACCAAUGCUGUACCAGAGAGAAAAGCAGCUCCCAUUUCUGGUUUCUCCAUAUUAUCUGAUGAUGACCUUAGCAACAACCCUGCUGCUAAAGACAAACACAUUUCUGAGUGGUCUAUUUGA